GCACACAAUGGAAUCCUAUUUGGAGGAUCGAGACCGCGUUGGAGUCGCUGAUGCUGUCUUAUUGGAAGACUAUACCAGCGAAGAAGCGUUUGUUAACAAUUUACAGAAAAGAUUUAAUGAAGAUAUAAUUUAUACCUACAUAGGGCCAGUCCUUGUCAGCGUCAAUCCCUACAAAGAACUAGAUAUUUAUUCCUCCGAGAAAGUCAAGGCAUAUGAGAGGAAGAACUUCUUUGAGGUGGCACCCCAUGUGUUUGCAGUCACCGACACCGCUUACCGAUCACUGCGAGAAGAAAACCGCGAACAAUGCAUCCUAAUUUCGGGUGAGUCUGGAUCGGGUAAAACCGAAGCAUCCAAAAAAGUCCUUCAAUACAUAUCUGAAGUGACUGAGCGCAAGGGUGAUAUUGAAAAAGUGAAAAAUAAAUUGCUGGACUCAAAUCCGCUUUUGGAGGCAUUUGGAAAUGCCAAAACCAACAGGAAUGACAAUUCCAGUAGAUUUGGAAAGUUCAUGGACGUCCAGUUCAAUUUUGAGUACAAUCCUGUUGGGGGGAUAAUAUUGAAUUACCUCCUGGAAAAGUCCAGAGUGAUUAGUCAAGCUCCUGGAGAAAGGAAUUUUCAUAUUUUCUAUCAACUACUCGGAGGGGCCGAUGAGGACACUUUGGCAAAACUCUCUCUAAGAAAGAACUGCCAGGCGUAUCAUUAUUUAUCCAAUUCGCCAAAAUCGCCAGACUACAGCUUGGAGGACAAAUCCAACUUCGACGAAGUUCAAAAAGCGUUAACAACGUUGGACUUUACUCAAGAAGACCAGGAGGAGAUUUUCAGCAUUAUUGCUGCCAUUCUCCACUUAGGAAACGUGAAAUUUUCCACAGCCGAGGGCAAAGCGGUUAUACUGAAGCCGGAUCUAGUGGAAACCAUUGCAAAACUUUUGGGCAGCGAUAGCGAGAAACUCCAACGGUCUCUUACGCAAAGAACCAUAGAAACUAUUCUGGAAGUUGUAGUAACUCCACUUGACAAAGAGUUGAGUGUGUACGCUCGAGACGCUCUAGCAAAGGCAGUUUAUGACAGGCUCUUCACUUGGCUAGUAAAGAAGAUCAACAGUUCCUUACUACCAAGCGACAGCAGAAGAAACUCUGUUAUCGGCAUUUUGGAUAUUUACGGGUUCGAAAUAUUCGAAAAAAACACUUUCGAGCAACUGUGCAUUAACUUCUGCAAUGAAAAACUGCAGCAACUGUUCAUCGAACUCACAUUGAGGUCGGAACAAGAGGAGUAUCAAAAGGAGGGCAUCCAGUGGGAGCAUAUUACUUAUUUCGAUAACAAAAUUAUCUGUGAUUUGAUUGAGGAGAAGCAUAGAGGUUUGAUAGCAUUUAUUGACGAAGAAUGCUUAAGACCAGGUGAUCCUGAUGAUAAAAGCUUACUGACCAAGCUGGACAAGCAACUCAGUUAUCACGAUCACUAUAUCAGCCAUGCUAAAGCUGAUGUAAAGCUGCAGAAAGUCAUGGGACGCGAUGAAUUCCGCCUCAUUCACUAUGCAGGAGCAGUCACUUACAACAUAUCGACUUUUAUCGACAAAAACAACGACUUGCUCUUUAGAGACCUUAGGGAGGCGAUGUCGGGCUCCUCCAAUGCGAUUCUUCAAAGCAUCUUCCCAGAAUCGGAGCAAAGAAGCAAAAAAAGACCUGACACGGCCAUCACGCAGUUCAAAAAUUCAUUAAACAAUCUGAUGAACAUUUUGCGUGACAAGGAACCCUCAUACAUCCGAUGCAUUAAGCCCAAUGAAUUUAAGAGACCAGGAAGCUUCGAUUUCGACAUUGUAAAACAUCAAGUAACCUACUUGGGGCUGAUGGAAAAUCUGCGAGUCAGAAGGGCAGGUUUCGCAUACCGGCGAACUUACGAAGUGUUCCUCAAGAGAUACAAGAGCCUUUGCAAGGACACUUGGCCGAAUUAUCGUGGAAGCGCCAAGGAAGGUGUUCAGCACCUGAUUUGCGCGCUUGGAUAUGAAAGUGAAGAGUACCAGUUGGGAAAAACGAAAAUCUUCAUCAGGCAUCCGCAAACUCUCUUCAAAACUGAAGAUGCCUUCCAGCUAAAGAAGCAUGAUAUUGCCGCUAUUAUCCAGGCCAACUGGAAGGGUAUCCUGCAAAGGCGUCGAUACUUGAAGACCAGAGCGGCGGUUAUUGUGAUGCAGAAAAACAUUAGAAGAUUCCUUGCAAGGACCAAUGCGAAGAAGCGAAGAGAGGCAGCCCAGACUAUCAGAUCGUUUAUUCGCGGAUUUAUUACCCGCCAUGAUGAGCCGAAUGAGGACAACAGAAAGUUUAUUUUGGCCACAAAAAUCAACUGGCUGAGGCGAUUGGCUAAAAAUCUGCCCCAAAAUAUUUUGUUAAGAACAUGGCCCCCAUCUCCCAUCAUAUGCGAGGAAGCUUCCAAGCAACUGGAAGUGAUGUAUGAGGCCAAUUUAUCCAGAAGAUACAGACUGGCGCUGACUCCAGAAAGAAAACGACAGUUGGAGCUGAAAGUUUUGGCUGAAAAACUAUUCAAAGGAAAGAAGAAAAGUUAUGGUGCAAGCGUGCCAGUUCUCUUUGCAAUGGACCGCGUUUCUGAGCAGGCAUUGGCUCUGAAAACGUCCUACUCAGGCCAGUUGGAUGGAGAUAAAGAAGUGUACGCCACUUCCGUAAUGAAGUUCGAUAGGCACGGAUAUAAACCAAGAGAACGAGUCAUUAUUAUAACGCAAAAAAAUCUUCACGUCAUAGAAUGCAAGGGAUCAGUUAAACCAAAGCAUGUAUUGCCAUUGAAGAGCCUCCAAUUCGUAGUCACCCAUGAGAACGACCGAUUGGUACUGGUGAAGAUUCCAGAAGAUAUGCUGAAGAAGGAUAAGGGUGAUUUAAUAUUGGAAGUGCCUCAACUUAUUGAAGCUAUCACAAUGAUUAUCGACGUGACCAAAGACUCUUCACUUCUGACGAUUCUGGAUACGACAACGAUUGAGCACCACAUGAAUGGUAAAAACGGUACCAUCGAAAUCCAGCUUGGAUUGCCUGAGCGAAUUCACAAAGAUAAAAGUGGCCAUCUACUUAUAGUGUCAGCCCCUUAAUUCUUGGUCAGAGCAAGUAGUUUAUCAUCGUAAUAACCAACUUCUGGAGCUGCUACUUAAUUUAAUUGCCAAAACUAAUACAUGAGCAACCACUUCUAAUCAAAUGAUUUUUCAUAAAUUUCCUGCCUAAUGAGCUUUGCGAUAGAAAUAUAAAUUAUUCUUUGAUAUUAACAGGAGAAUUAUAAAUUUGAAACAUAUUUAUAUAAAUAAAUAAAUGUUGAUCAAAAAUCAAUUAACUAUUUUAUCAUGAAAAAUAUGUUUACAAUGGAGACAUCAUUUAAUUUUAAAUUUUGUCUUGCGUUUAUUGUUGUCUAUUUGUUGUUAACUUAGUACCUAUAAAAUAAACAAUUUUAUUUUGGCCUA